AAUUAUGUAGCAUUAUAUAAUACAGGGUGUUCUUUUUCUGUUAAGUUAUACAUGGAGAGUAACUCCUUGCUGCACGUCUCCUACAAGUUGCUGCCCUCUUGGUCGAGUCUGAGGGUGUUGAAUUUGAAAGGGAACCGAUUCUAUUGCGACUGUGAUCUGUACAACAUAUCGCAACAGCUCAAUGAAGACAUCAAACGAAAUGGCGACGGGCCGUACUGCCUGGACGCGAAGGCGUUCACAUCAAGAGAAGUGUACACACUCAAGGACAACGCCUGCGGAAUGUGGCCCCUUGAAGAUUCUACAAGUAAAUCAGUUUUCCAUAAGUCGAUGACGCUUAUGAGAAUCGUACUGAUGUUAAUGAUGGCGUUAUUAAUCAUUUCUACAGCUAUGGCCGUAUGGCUGGCGGUAAUGAAAUGGAAAACAUACAAUAGAAGCCUCAAUUAUCCAUUUCCAAAUCAAGUAGUUUAUAAUCCAGUUUCAACUUAUGACGCGAGAUAUUAGGAGAGCACAGAUUUUUUUUAUUUCAGUACCUACGCAGAGAAAAUUAUUUAUUUCGUAGUAAAAGACACUCAAUCAAACCGUAUACAUACAGAUCUUUAUAUUAUUUUACUUAGUGAGUAAUACUUAAUUAGUUACUGAUGACUGGAGAAAUUUUAUUUUUAUGCAUUUUAAGUAAGCUGGGAAAACUUUUUUUUUUGUUACCUACCUGGCAAGAAGAACCAGAAAUUUGUUCGGCAUAAGCAAGGAACUGGUGUAAGAUAUCUUCGGACUUCUGUGCAGUUUCUUUAAAAGUAUAGAACAUGUCCAAUUGUUCGGCACAACGUAAACAAAUUACAUGAGGCAGUGGGUCACUAUCAGAUAUCUAUAAAAAAAAAAAAGUGGAAUAAACAUUACUUUUAAAACCUACCCCAAUAAUAUUUACUAAUCUACUUCUUUACUGCUUUAACAUAAUGUACAGGUGUGUAAUAAAUAACAUUAAGUAGAUAGGUACCUAUCUAAAAAAAAAAGGCAAAAAGGUCCCAACGAUAUAAAACUGAUAAAUAUUACAAAGCAAAUAAUAAUGAGAAACUUGAUACUACCCACUGCGUUUCUAUUUUUAGAAGUGUACCUACAUUGAUACAUAAUAUGUAAAUUACCAAAUAAAUAAUUUGCCAAUAUCA